AUGACUCUCUUUGUUCCAAAGUUCUCAUUAGAGGAGACACUUGCUGGUCAGAAGAGCCAGCAGCGGCGGUUAGAUCUGCUCGAAUGCAUCCAUAGGCGUGAGGGGGAUGACGCGUCGUUCGCAAGCGCAAAAUCUCUCAAUAAACUCAAAGAAGAAUACAAUUUCAUUGUCGAGGACCAAAUCAGUUCUCAGAAAGGGCCAUUCUCGGACCCUCUUCAAUGCUUUCCACCAGAACUAUUUGUCCUGCUUGUACAGGAAGUAAUCUCUCGUAGAAGCGGGACGUCUGUAAAGGACCUUCUUAUGCUCUCAUUACUGAACUCCUAUUGGCGAGAGGCCGUCGUUUCAGAACCUUCGUUCUGGAGGGAUGUGUGUAUAGGACCAGGACUAGACGAGUCGGAUAUCGAGGAUAGACUCAGAGUGGGACUCUAUCUCUCGGGAAACCAACCCCUCAAUCUGUCGAUUGAUCACCCGGUCCGUGAUUGGAGCUAUCUACUGGAAAUCCUACGUCCGCAUCUCAAACGCGUUCAAAAUCUAGUCAUAUGGCCACCUUCAUCGACGAAGUUGGACGAAGAGGCGGAUGUGGGCGAUCCUACCGUGGGCCAGGUGCUCCUUUCCCUUGGCCCGCUGCCAAACCUAAAGAGGCUCGAGUUGGAAAGCAGAUAUCACGUAGAGUUUGACGCGUUUCUGCAAUUUCUGGAUCAUACUCCAGUUAUUCGGAGCAUCAGUGGAGAUCAUAUCUCACCUCGUAUGCUGGAGCAUGAGCACCUUGCUCAGCUCGAAAAGGUCCAGACAUGCGCCAGUAUCAAGCAGCUCCCUUAUACGCUUUCUAGGUUUCCUCGCCUGACGAGUCUCAUUGUAGAUGACCCAGCGGGAGACUGGUCGACUGAUGAGGACGAAUCGUACUACAAACCUACGAAAACAGUCGCGACUGAAGCCGAGAAACUAUCUCUAUCGUCACUUAUGACUUUGGAGUACCGACAAAGCGAAUAUAUAUCGCUCCCAGUGCUUAUACAAAUCAGUCCUCAACUUUAUCACCUUGACCUGAGAUUACAAUGGCAAUUGCUUGCCACUCUGAUGCCACUCCUCGAACAACUUGGUAAUUUGGAGUACUUGGGACUAGUUAUGACCCGUACAAAAGGUCCGGAGGAUAUAUUUGACCUUGACGGAACACGAUCUUUUCCCACAUUGAAGACUUUUACUUUCUAUCAAUCGGAAGAAGACCACUCGGACAAUCUGGCCCAGCUCUUCACCCUCCUCGUUGGAUCGAACCUGCGUAAAGUGACUAUAAGCGUGGAUAAGGCAGAAAUAAUCCCGUUGGCAUUUCUUGCAACUCUAGAGGAUCUACGGCACCUCUCACUGAAGCUACCUCUGGCAACAAACCUCGGCGGAUUGGAGAGGAUCCAAGCGCGGGUGCUCGAGUACCUCGAGCUUAGUAUUCCUCUAUCCAUCAUCAGCCCCCUAGUCUCGAGCAUGGAGUGCCCCAAAUUGGUCUCGUUGGAAUUGAGAUCGCCAACCAACGACUGGGAGCCCCAAUCAUCACUCUAUACUUUCCCUCCGAACGCUUUACCAAGUCUAUUCUCCAUUGAAUGGGGACUUACGGGCCUUCGAUGGGACGUGACAAAAUUCACGUCACUAAAGAUAAUUCAGUUCAGAGAGGAGGACCUUAAUCAAGUCAGUGAGUUCUGCGUGAACAUGAUCCUUCAUCCAAAGGACUGCCCUGCACUAGAGCAGCUGCAGUUUGCCCAGUACCCGGAAUGGGACCUCCUCUUUAUCAUGCUCGAACGUCGAAACUUUCUACCAGAUACAUCGAUUUCCGCCAUCAAACUUGUGUCCAUGCCAUCUUCGAUGAACUUUCGCAACCGAAGAUUCCUCACCGAUGUUCUUCGGGGACGCUUCGCGCACAGAAUGUCAAACGAGGAGCUUUCGCUUCCAGCUAUCGGGAGACUCUAUUUUGACUCUGAUGUGAUGCCACCACUGCUGCAUGUCGCUUCAAUUCUGCAAAGAGGAGUUAUUGAACACGGCCAGAAACAGACACCCUAUUAUGAAAGCCAACGCUCUGUCAGAUUUUCGAAGCGCUGA